AUGAGUGACCAGUCUACUUGUCGUCGAAACACCGAUGCCCGCCGACAGGCCCUUCAUCUGCCCGCCGGCCUCUGGGGCCCGUCGCCGUCCUCGUCCACCACCGCCGUCUCGCAAGGCCCCUCUCCGUCCACCGCCGCCAACGACGCCUCGUCGACCGCCGCCCAGCGCUUCCCCGGCCUCCGCCAGCUCUACAGCGGUGCCGCAUCCUGGCGCGCUUCGCUUCGCGGCAGGCCCAAGUCCACCACUACCGAGACUUCCGUCUCGUCGCGCCCCGUCAUCGUCAGGACCUACUCCGGCGGCUCCUCGUCUCGCCCCCGCCGCCCCUCGUCGCACAUGCCUCAGCGUCCUGUGACGCUGCCGCCUGCAGCCGACUUCUCUUUCGAUGGCAUCCUGCAUGCCGUCGAGCCCGAGAUCUCGGGUGCAAUUGAUGCCAUUGCCGCCAUCUGCGCCCGCAGCAAACUCAGCCUGGCCGACGAGUAUGCUGCCCACCGUCCCCCGCACGAGGUCCUCGACCCAGCAAUACCGCUCGAGCUUCAGCAGCGCCAACGCUGGUGGAGCGUUGUGAGGGACACCGCCCUGUCGGCUGUGCCUGAGGCCAGCAGCAGCAGCGAGCGUCUGGUCGGCAGCAGGACUGCCUCGCGCGCCUCCGUCUCGUCCGCUGCUGGCCACAGCUCCCGCGGCAAGAAGAACUCCGCCUACGGAAGCCUGAAAAGCAUCGUGUCUGGGGAUAGCAACGCUCGCAAGGGACUGUCUGCCCUGUUCGGCUCCAACGACGGCCGUGCCGAUGCCGAUGACUACCAUGACCCUCCGUCGCCCAGUGGCUUCAAUCAUACCGCCCAUUGGAUGGUGUCGGACUCUACCCGCCCGUCCAUUACCUUGUCCUCUGGUCCCGCCGCCCGAGCUGCAUCCCCGCGUGUAUCUCUGGCCACUUCCGAGGAACCCAUGGGGACGGGGGCAUCUUCAAGUCUCAAUGGCGGUGCCACAACACAUCAUCAUCCACCUCGUCCGCGCCCUGUGGCCCUUUCGACGUGGCUUCCAUCUCAUCCUACUGAUCGUGGUCCUCAACCUGCUCUGCAUGAUCCAAGUGCCGGUACCGCAGCGGAAAAAAGCCUGAAGGACCUCCUUCGAACAACAUCAUCAUCUGGUGAGGGACGCAAACCAAUUGGUGCUACAGAAUAA